GCCGGCCGCCUCGUCGUCAGACUCGGCGAUGGCGCCGUUGCCGCACGACUGGGAGGAGCGCCAGGACGCCAUCGGACGCGUCUACUACGUCAGCCACGCGCUGCGCCUCACGCAGUGGGAGCGGCCGGACGCCGGGACGACACAAGUGGCCACCUCGGACGAGUCGCAGCGCAGUCUGGACUCGGCGCACGAGGUGUACCGGCGCCGCUUCCACAUCAGCGCCGACGACUCGGACUCCACCCACCAGGACAACUCACCGCUCGUGGACCAGCUGCUGAACAGCGUGUCGCUGCGGGAGGAGGCCGAGGCCAGCUCGCGGCGCGGCUCCACCGUCUCCACGUCGGCGCCGGCGGAUCCGGAGCUGAGCCCCGAGGGUCUGCCAGCCGGCUGGACCGUACAGAGGGCGCCCAAUAACCGGAUCUUCUUCAUCGACCACUGCAACAAGACGACGACGUGGAUCGACCCGCGCACCGGUCGGCCGACGCCGCUGCCGGACGAGCCGGGCCAGCAGCGGCGCGCUGACGACGAGCUGGGCCCGCUGCCGGACGGCUGGGAGGAGCGCGUGCACGCUGACGGACGCAUCUUCUUCAUCGACCACAAGAACCGGACCACCACCUGGGAGGACCCGCGCCUCCUCAACCCCAGCAUCGCCGGCGAGGUGGUACCCUACAGCCGCGACUACAAACAGAAGUACGAGUACCUGAGAAACCAGCUGAAGCGACCGUCGGGCGUGCCGAACAAGUUCGAGAUCAAGGUGCACCGCAACUCGGUGUUCGAAGACUCGUUCCGGAUCAUCACGUGCGUCACCCGGGUGGAGCUGCUCAAGACGAAGCUGUGGAUCGAGUUCCACGGAGAGCCGGCGUACGACUACGGUGGCCUGUCGCGCGAGUGGUUCUUCCUGCUCUCGCACGAGAUGUUCAACCCCUACUACGGCCUGUUCGAGUACUCGGCCAUGGACAACUACACGCUGCAGAUCAACCCAGCUUCGGGCCUGUGCAACGAUGAUCACCUGUCCUACUUCAAGUUCAUCGGCCGGGUGGCCGGCAUGUCUGUGUUCCACGGCAAACUGUUGGAUGCUUUCUUCAUCCGCCCGUUCUACAAGAUGAUGCUGGCCAUGCCCAUCGAGCUGAAGGACAUGGAGAGCGUCGACUCGGAGUACUACAAUUCCCUGAUGUGGAUCAAGGACAACGACCCGGCCGACCUGGAGCUGACCUUCGCCGUCGAUGAGGAGAAUUUCGGAAAGAAGAACGAACGCGAGCUCAAGCCGAACGGCGCCAACAUUCCAGUGACGAAUGAAAAUAAAAAUGAGUAUAUCGGCCUGAUCAUCGAGUGGCGCUUCGUGUCGCGGAUCAAGCCGCAGAUGAACGCCAUCCUGGAGGGCUUCAACGAGAUCGUGCCGCUGCCGCUGCUCAAGAUCUUCGACGAGAAUGAGCUGGAGCUGCUCAUGUGCGGCCUGGGCAACAUCGACGUCAAGAACUGGAAGCAGAACACCGUCUACAAGGGCGACUUCCACGCCAACCACAUCGUCAUCCAGUGGUUCUGGCGG